AGUAGUAUGCAUAGUGGUUAUGUUUCCAAAUUCCUACCGUCUUUAAAGCCCCACGUAUCCAAUGGGCUUUAAUUACGGUCCAAUCCAACAUUUACAAACCCAAUUUGACCCCACAUUCCAUCCCUUAAAAAAUUAAAAUUAUUUUUUAAAAAAUAAUUUUUUAAAAAAAAAAAAAAACACCAAUAAAUAAGAGAAUAUCUCUUUUUCUCUCCUCCUAUAUUCCUCUCAAAUUUCCACCCCAUUUCUUCAUUAUCGGAUCUCCUUACACAAAAGACAAAAGAAAGAAAAAUAAAAAGUAAAACAAAAAUAUCUAUCACUUUUACCAAGAACAAAUCAAUCAAGGUGAAUGCCGAGGAACAAUCGCAGCCGUCAAAAUGCUAUCACUGGCAACAAUCCUAGCCAUCAAUUUCCCGGUGACUUCCGACCGCCGGAAACUCUCACAAAAUCAAACCCAAAACUCCUCUCAAUCCUUCUUCAAGCCCUAAUCAUGGCGUUCGUAAUCUCUCUCUUCUUCAUCUUUGUCGGUGUUGCCGCCAUAAUCUUCAUUCAUCUUUGCAUCGCCGGCGGUGCUCUCCGGCAUCGUCACCGCCGCAACCAACGACGACCCAUUUCAGGAAACGAGGAUUUAUCAUCUGGGUAUUCAUUAGAAUUGCUUAAAACUCUUCCGAAAUCGUUAUUCAAAGGCUCUGAAGUUUGUACGAUUUGUUUGGAUAAUCUUUUGGAAGGUGAAAGUUGCCGGGUUUUACCCGGUUGUAAUCAUGUUUUUCACUUGAAUUGUGUUGAUAAAUGGAUUUUGAAGUCGCCCGUUUGUCCUGUUUGUCGGAGCUCCAUUAAAAAAACGGAUCAUGAAGGUAAAGGAAGAGGUUCGAUUGACUGGGAACACUUGUGGGCUGCUUGUGGGUAACGCAAUUUAAUUUUUUUUUAUUUUUUUUUUAAGUAUUUUGUUUCCCUGUUUUUGUUUUGGGGAAGUUUAUACUUCUUGUUUACAGUUGAAUCAAUGUAAAUUAGGCUUCUUUUUUUCUUUUUUCUUUUUUUUUUUUUCUUUUUUUUAAAUGGAGGUUAUAUGAAGUUAGUACUCUUGAAUGAGUGUUUUUAGAGUCUAUAUCACAAGUUUUGGUGAUAUAGAAACCAUAUGUGCAUAAUAUAAAUGGGUUUAGUUCUAAAUCAUUUCUCCUUCGAAAGUUAAUCUACUUUUUUUUAAGUUGAUUGAGCUAUAUAAUAAAGGGUGAUUUUAAUCAUGUGCCGAGGUAUAUGACACUCCUAAAGCUCGCAUUUGUUCAUUUGAGAGAGCUAUAGUUAAGUGAGGAUGUAUGUCGUACACUGAACUGAACACCUCCAUGUUAUGAGUUAAAUGUGUAGGAAUGUGGAAUUUUAGUGAAA